AUGUCUUCGUUAAUCUCUCUAACCAAAACACCAUUACAGUCGCCCGAUGGCACACUCUUUAUCAUUACAAUGAAAAAUGGUGAAAAUCGUAUAAACACUGCCUUUUGUCAAGCCAUGUUCACCAUUCUUGACGAAAUCGAAGCUUUUUGCGAGGAAAUGGAUGGGACUCCUGCAGCAUUAAUAACCACCAGCGAAGGGAAGUUUUACAGCAAUGGGCUGGAUUUGGAACAUGCUUUAUCGACGCCUGGAUUUUUCGAGGAUUAUUAUUUGGCGUUGAUGGAGAGAUUCCUGACAUUUAGAAUUCCGACUGUUGCAGCUUUAAAUGGGCAUGCUUUUGCAGGAGGUUGUAUGUUGGCCCUUGCUCAUGAUUAUCGCGUUAUGAGGUCUGAUAGAGGCUUCUUGUGUAUGAACGAAGUCGAUAUCCCAUCCCCCCUUCUUCCAGGCAUGGCAGCCUUGGUAAGGGCAAAAAUGACACCUAGUGUUUACCGUAACUGCAUCCUUCAGGGUUAUCGCUUCACUGCUCAGGAUGCAUUAGAUAGUCAGUUGGUUGAUGUCAUUUGUCCUGAACGUGAAGUGCUGAGUAAAGCCAUAGAAUUAGCAACAAAGUGGAGUGUUAAAGCUAGCGCAGGUGAGGUUUACAGACAAUUGAAACGAGAAAUGUACACCGAUGCGGUUCGUUUCCUGACUUUGCGCGGAUCGGAGAACGCGAAGCUGUAA